ACUGUCGCGUUCCCGCGUAGCUCUGGAAAGUUCGUCGAGUCAGUUACUAGCGGCGGGGCUGGACGUUAUAUAAACGGCUCAUAAAGCCCGUGUGUGGACUCUAAAACCACACCGAACGACCACUAACCAUCAAAUACUCGCUCCAGUUCUUACUAGCGACAUUAACGCCAUUUAUACCGGCAGACGUCGCGUGUUGUGUGAUUUCUUUGAGAGUGCCGUACUGUGAGGAGACCGAAUACUUGUCGCUUUUUGAGGGAAAUAUUCGCAUUAAAUCAAAGAUGACUGCAGAAGAGGUGGUGAAUGAAGGUCAUACCAUCGCCAUCGAGGGUGAAGACAUCACCCCGAAGAAAGAUGGAGGUGUUUUAAAGCUGGUCAAGAAAGAGGGUGCGGGCGCUGAGUUUCCCAUGACUGGUGAUAAAGUAUUUGUGCACUAUGUCGGAACACUGCUUGACGGAACUCCGUUUGAUUCAAGCCGAGAUCGAGGAGAGAAGUUCUCCUUUGAGCUGGGAAAAGGUCAGGUGAUCAAGGCUUGGGACAUCGGCGUGGCAACAAUGAAGAUUGGUGAGAUCUGUCAGUUGAUUUGUAAACCCGAGUAUGCCUAUGGAGCUGCUGGCAGCCCACCCAAAAUCCCACCCAAUGCCACCCUUGUGUUCCAGGUGGAGUUGUUUGAGUUUCGUGGGGAGGACAUCACUGAAGAUGAAGAUGGUGGAAUUAUUCGCAGGAUCAUCACUAAGGGAGAGGGUUACACGAAACCUAAUGAGGGAGCAUCUGUAGAAGUGUGUUUGGAGGGUCGUCACGAGGACCGUGUCUUCGACGAGCGUGAGCUGAAGUUCGAGGUGGGAGAUGGAGAGAGUUUGGGUCUGCCAUCAGGUGUGGAGAAAGCCCUGCAGUCUAUGGAGCAGGGAGAAGAGGCACUCUUCACCAUCAAACCAAAGUAUGGCUUUGGAACUGCUGGCAGUGAACAAUUCAACAUUCCACCUGGUGCAACACUGCAGUACAAAAUCACACUGAAAGCAUUUGAGAAGGCCAAAGAAUCCUGGGAGAUGAACUCCAUUGAGAAACUGGAACAAAGCGCAUUUGUCAAAGAGAAAGGAACACAGUAUUUUAAGGAGGGGAAAUACAAGCAGGCAGCCGUCCAAUAUAAACGCAUUGUGUCGUGGUUGGAGCAUGAGUCCAGUCUGCAGGGCGAGGAGGAAGAGAAAGCCAAAGCACUGCGAUUGGCUGCUCAUCUCAACCUGGCUAUGUGCUACUUAAAACUGCAGGACCCAAACCUCGCCCUUGAGAACUGUGACAGUGCAUUGGAGCUGAACGCGAAUAACGAGAAGGCUUUGUUCAGGCGAGGGGAGGCACUGGUUUUCAUGAAGGAGUUUGACAGGGCGAGAGCAGACUUCCAGCACGUCGCUCAGUUGUAUCCAGCCAAUAAGGCGGCAAAGAGCCAGAUUCUGCUCUGCCAGAAACAUAUCAAAGAGCAACAUGAGAAGGACAAACGCCUGUAUGCCAACAUGUUCCAGAAGUUUGCAGAGAGGGAUGCCAAAAAGGAGGCGGAGCAGGAAAAGAAACCGAACGGUAGAGUGAUGGAAAUAGAUGAAAACGGAGCCCAGGAACAGACUGCAGCAUAAUAGUGCGCUUGUGUGCGUGUUUGCAUUAUUUACUGUCUUUUGUGUUCUUGUUUCGUUUGUUUUUAAGAGGUUUUUGUACCUUCUAUGAUUUCUGACCCGCUGAAAUGACUGUUUAUUCGAGUGUGUACGCAUACAUGCUCCAGGUUCUAAUCUGAUGUACAGUAGCAAGCCGUUUGCUUUCGUCCUGUUGCCAGACCCUUACGGCCAGGGUGUGCACUCGCUUUGUGAUUGCACAUGUGUAUGAAUUUUUUGUGUGUGCAUUACUGUAAGGCAGUUAGUUGGCGAAGCCGUGUUCUCUGCUGCGUGUCUCUCUUUAUACUGGGAGAAAUAAAGGGGAAAUUAAACUGACUCGUUCUCAGUAAAUAGCCUGUACUUCAGCCUUUCAGAAGCAUCGCAAGUGUUGCACUGCUGUACAAAUAAAGUGCUUUUCUGUCCUGUCACUCACGUGCAUGGAAAUGAUCGCCAGGGCUAAGAAGACUGUUUUGUUUAAUGUUUUGUUAUCUCUGAGUUGUAAACACUUAAUUAAUUUUUUUUAAAAACUUAUUUUCACUCCAUUUAACCACAACUGGAAGCCUUUCGGUGGUGAACCUCAAGUCUUACGAGCUGUUUAGAGAAGAAACCACCACAUCAGUCAAGUCUCGUGCUUCACUCAUGUUAUUGUUUGAACAUCAUCGAUAAGUGGCUGAGAUUUGUAGUAUUGCCUCUUCAUCUUGGUGUGGACAGGAUUAUCCAUGGUUGUACAAAAUCGUACUUUCAGACUGUGAUUUAUUGGCGUUGAUGGGAAGGAUUUAAUGUAUUAUACAAUUGUAAAAGAGGCUUGUGAAGGCAAUAUUACUGUAGUGUAGUUUGUGUGGGUGAUCGAGACAUACUCAUGGUUCUGUUCCCAUGUCCUUGAUACUCUUCUGAUGUUGACUAGAACAAUAAAACAAACUCUGAACCCU